CAGUGGAAUAGUCUAAUCCUCUCAAGAAACUCUCAACAUGAAGCUCCUCAUCCUCAGCUGCCUGCUGUUUACUGUGAUGCUGUGCCACGCCCAUGUUAUCCCAGUGACAGCUCCUGUGCCCGCCCUACUUCCCGUGGCAUCCAGUCAUCAGUUUGUGGCACGCAACUACAAUGGUUAUUAUGUGCCCACGACAACGACAGCUUGGCCAGGGCUGCCACCGUAUCCCAAUACAUACUACAAGUAUAGCGGAGGGUAUCCUAAAUAUUCAUAUCCCUACGGUUAUUCCUAUAACUACUAUCCCAGCUACAACUAUGGUUAUGGAUAUAAGGGCAUCUGGUAAAGAUGGGAGACUUGAAUAUACUUAUAUAUUGUUGGAUUAUACCAUAUUAUUGUGAUAAUAAGAGACAUUUAUAGUGUACCACAUUCUAUAGCUUAUUCAAAUAUUUGUCUACGAGUUAUAUUAAAAAUAAAUAAUACAAUAAA